GGAGAAUGGAAAGAGGGAGGGAGCCAUGGGCGAUGGGUGGUGGAGAUGCUUUAAGAUGCUGUUCUGGAGUUGACAUCUGUCCAUGGCAUCCAUCCCUCUCACUCACGCAGCACUCACUGUCUCUAUUUGCCUUUUUCUUUUUUCAAUUUGCUUUUCUACAAAGUAUGCAAUUUUCUAAUGUUUUAUUCUCUAUCUUUGCCACUCCCUUUCUUGCUCUUUCCAUGUUUCAACACCAAAAAAAGAAUAUAAAGAAAAUGAAGUCUUCCGUUGAUAGUAUCAUUAGUAUGGUUAGUUUUCUGUGGUGAGCAACCGACCCUUUCUUUUAAUAUCCUUUUCCUUGAUUUUUUUUUGCCUUUUCGUUGAUUCAGUACUGGGCUUCCAGAAAGUCUCUGGAACAGAGAAAUUCUGGAACAGAGAAAUAAGUGAGAAAGCAACCCAGAGAGAGAGAGAGGCUGAGAUGGGUUGCCUCAGAUCCAGGGAAGUAGGAAACCCAAGUAAUUUGUGAGAAGAAGAAAAAAAAGGUGCCAUCUUUUUAGGGUUUUCUUAUGAUUCUUGGGACUCUGCCUUUCUUUGCUUCUUUCUCAUGACCCGCUUUUCCCUUUUUCUUUCUUGUUGGGGAUAUUGGGUUGGUUUCAAAUUUAAUUUAAUUCUGUUGUCCCCCCCCCCUCCUUUUUCUUUAGUUUUUUGGUUUUGGUUUUUGUGUGUCCAUUAAAGUUCUUUUUGUGGUGUUUCUAGUUGAUGCGGUUAGAUAGAGAAGAGUCCAGAGAAUAAGAAAGUUGAUAAGGCUUGAACAGUUCUAUGCCUUUCAGUUUUAAGUCGGCACUUCCACAUAUGGAAGUUGGGAUCCGUUGUUGUUGACCAGAUCUGACCACCCAUUUGACUUUUACAUCCAUUUGGCUCCAAGAUACAGCUGAACUUCCUUCCUCUAUUGGUCUGAAUUCAUUUUCGUAGGCAUGGGAAAUGUUCCGUUGAAACCCAGCAUUCACAUUCCUAGAUCAUUCUUAAUCAGAAAGGGAGGUAAUGGAUUAGUUGAAAAAUGACAGGUAACUUUUUGUGCUACCUAGAUAGGGAUAUUGAUGGAGGAGAUGUCUCCGGCGGUCGCGGUACCAUUUAGAGUAGGUAACUCGGUCUGUGAUAACCCACCCAUCGCUACCCACUUAGACGUCACUAGACUUAAGCUAAUGGCGGACAAAAAAGGGGGUUUGCUAUCUGAUUCUGUAACUAAGGCUUCCGCUGAGACGGUUCCCGGUGGUGAUGGGGAUUGCAAUUUUGGUGAUUUGGGAAAUGAAGUUAGUAUUGCAGCUGCUAUGGCGUUGAAAGAGGAUUCCUUGGUGGCUAUCGUAUCUGAAAAAGGAAGUAUUUGGGUUGCUGCUGCUGAUGACGUUACAGCCACGGAAAGUGUGGAAGAUGAUUCCUUAUCAUUGGAGGGUGAUCAGAUUCUAGAUAUCUCUUGUUCUUUUUCGGUGGGGAGUGAGAGCAGUAGUUUGUGUGGAGAGGACAUCAUGAGUCUCGAGGCUUCUGAUAUGAUAACGCUGAGCUCCAUAAACAUUGAGAAGAGCUUAUACGGAUGCGGCGUUGAUGUUGUUGCCAAGGCCGCUGAUUCAGAGGAACCAACUGAUGGGACAGAGAUAGUGAGUGAUCCUGUUGCUGUGAUUGUUGAUGGGUCGGAUCCGAAUCCGAAACCAUCUGGAGUUGUUCUUCAGUUGCCUCUGGAAAGAAGGGCGAGUGGAACAUCAGGCCGCAGUGUUUUUGAGGUGGAUUAUGUGCCUCUUUGGGGAGUUAUAUCUAUGUGCGGAAGAAGACCUGAGAUGGAAGAUGCAGUUGCUGCUGUACCUCGUUUUAUGAAGAUUCCUGUUCAAAUGUUAAUUGGCGACAGGAUAAAUGAUGGCAUGACUAAUUGCUUACCUCAUCAGACUCUUCAUUUCUUUGGAGUCUAUGAUGGCCAUGGAGGCUCUCAGGUUGCAAACUAUUGUCGUGAUCGUAUCCAUGUGACUUUGACCGAGGAGAUAGAUUUUGUUAAGGAAGGGUUAAUUCAUGGAACUGCGAAGGCAAACUGCCAAGAGCAGUGGAAGAAAGCAUUCACGGAUUGUUUUCUUAAGGUUGACGAUGAAGUUGGAGGAAAAGCUAGUCUUGAGCCUGUUGCUCCAGAAACUGUUGGUUCUACUGCCGUGGUUGCAGUUAUUUGUUCAUCACAUAUCAUUGUAGCAAACUGCGGAGACUCAAGAGCAGUUUUAUGUCGUGGGAAAGAACCGGUGGCAUUGACUGUUGAUCACAAACCAAAUCGAGAGGAUGAAUAUGCAAGAAUUGAGGCAGCUGGAGGCAAGGUUAUACAGUGGAACGGGCAUCGUGUUUUUGGAGUUCUUGCAAUGUCAAGGUCAAUUGGUGACAGAUAUUUGAAACCAUGGAUAAUUCCGGAACCGGAAGUGAUGUUUCUUCCACGGGCAAAAGAUGAUGAAUGCCUUAUUUUAGCUAGCGAUGGGCUGUGGGAUGUCAUGACAAAUGAAGAGGUGUGCGAUCUGGCUAGGAAAAGAAUACUUAUGUGGCACAAGAAGAAUGGGGUUGCACUUCCAACUAUAAGGGGUGAAGGGAUUGAUCCCGCAGCUCAAGCAGCAGCAGAAUUGCUCUCAAGCCGUGCUAUUCAAAAGGGAAGCAAGGACAACAUUAGUGUGAUCGUAGUAGAUUUGAAAGCUCAAAGGAAGUUCAAAAGCAAAACAUGAUGUCUGUAUUUUCCAGAGAACAUCCAGGAUUCAAGAACUCUUCACUGUCUCAAAGAGUCUUGGUUGUACACACCCUGCCGAUUUCUGGCUAUGUAAAUCUUAGCAGCUUGUUGUAGGACAGUCGAUGGUGACAAUUCCAUGUUUUCGUUGUGGCCGAAGUGUAUUCAUUAUGCCUCCGAGUUAAAAAGGUCUGUGAGGUAUUUACUUUCUUAUUAUUUCAACUGCAUGAUACUUUAUAAUGAAAUUGGCAGAUUCAGGGAAAUAGAUUGAGUUUUGGUCUCCUUA